CCGGCGUUCAGCGCAUACGACACCCCAUAUCCCUGGCCAGGGCUGUCAUGGAUAAGACGGAGCACUGCCUACUGAUAGCUACCGGCGCUGAGGACUUUGCGCGAGAAGUGGGCAUUGAGUUGGUGGCCAACGAGUCGCUCGUACACGAGUGGGCACAGAAACGAUUGAAUGCUUACAAGACUUUCGAGCGAACUAUAAGUGAGGAUAAGCCGCGAAAUACCGGUGCUAUUGGUAGCCAUGGGUCGACCCCCACCACCACCACUACCGACCCACCGUUGAGCGGAGGCACCGGUAGCUCAGAGCACGACACGGUGGGCGCCGUGGCGGUCGAUAGCCGGGGUAACUGCGCGGUCGCCACCUCUACGGGCGGUAUAACCGCCAAACGGGUGGGUCGUGUGGGCGACAGUCCUAUUGUGGGCGCCGGUGGUUAUGCCGACAAUACGUGCGGCGCGGUCUCUACGACAGGUCACGGGGAGGCCCUCAUGAGGACAUGUCUGGCCCGGCACGUGAUGUACGAGUUCACGGCCGAGGGUAAGGCUGCCGGCACCGGGAGGUUAACCCUUCAACAAGCGGUGGAUAAGUCGCUGGAUAUGAUGGCCGAUAGAGUGGACGGCUAUGGAGGGGCUAUAGCUGUGGCACCGGGAGGUGAGGUGGGCGUGGGCUUCACGACGCCGAUGAUGUCGUGGGCCUAUAUA